GUUCAACUUUGUAAUCACUAUUCUUGCUCGGCUGGAGCAACAAUUACAAAUUGUAAUUUACAUUUACAAAUAUUUAUAUUAUUGCCUAAAUCAUGACGAGAAAAUUUAUUUAAUUCGCUAAUUUCCCCCAAGUUAUCGAUAUUUGGAAAAAGACUCGACAUGGCCGACAAUCACCUCUGCCUUCUGUGUUUACAAGUAUUUAAUAAUUGCGACGACGACGACGACGACGACACGGUGGCAAAAUCAUACCAGAGAAUUCGAAUCGAGACCCUUUUCGAAUUGCUAUCUCCGUUUCAUUCCAAUCACAAAUCUGUAACGAACCAAUAUGAAUUUGCAGAGGAUAAGGUGUGCGAAUUUUGUCAGGAUUGUUACCCCUUCGUCGCCACCGUAGAGGAAAUCAGGAAGCAAAUUUCACUCCUGGAGGAAGAGCUUGGCAGAAAAGUCGGACAAAUUCGGACUACGAUAUUGCACCCUUCAUCCUUCCCACAAAACAGUGAUGAUUACGAAAUUAUGAAAAUUCGUGACAAGAUUCUUGUCCUGACUGAAAUCGAGAAUGCAGAAGAAUACAAUGUCAAUUUUCAAUUCGACGAGGUACAAGUCAAAGUGGAAGAUGAGAAGGACAAUGCUGAUCCCGUGGGACAUGUGGACGACCAAUUCUUCGAUGAGGACUGUAAUUCCUUCUUCCAGUCAAUAGCAAAUGAGGCAGAGAGUGAUUCUUUGCGUGGAGCUGAAAACGAAGACGAUGACUUCUGCAUCACUCCAUCUCCCCAAAAGAAGCCGAGAGGCAGGCCAAAAUCGACCGGAAACAAGGCGCCACCAAGGUAUGAACCACCAAGGACUAAAAGAAAAAGUGAAGAACUUGUAGAAUUCAACCCAAUUUCGAAUUCGAAGAGGAACAAAUUAAAUCCUGGUGGAUCUCUCAGCAGACCUGCUGCGGUUCGAGCUUCACCUCGCAUCAGAAAGCCAAUUUCUUCAGUCCAAGCCGUAAAAUCUCUUUCAAAAUCCUUGACAAGGAUUAAGCAUUCAAUCACAAAAUCGUCUCCCAUAUCCAACGCCGGAUCAGACGAUGAUGCAAAAUCCGAACUAGGUGGCACAGAGUGGACUCCCAAAAAUGACCCCGACAUCGAAUCCUCCUCUUCUGAGGAUCAAGUCGAACAUAAAAAUGACCCCAUCCGUUCCCAUGCGUGCUCCUCUUGUGUUCGCACUUUUACAUCAGAAUCCGCCCUUAAUCGCCAUAUAGGAUCCUACCACCCUGUCUCUUGUAUCGUGGCGACAUGCUCAGUCAAAUUUCGCACCAUAAAGGCGAGGGACGUCCACUUGAAACAAACUCACGAAGGCUUCGUUCCUUACCAAUGUCGAAUUUGCAAGAAGAAAUGCUGUAGCCAAUCCACCUUAGAAGUGCAUAUGGUGAUUCGCCAUGAAAAAGGAGAGAAAAAAUUCCCCUGCGUUAAAUGCGACAAGAGUUUCUGCCUCGGCGAGAACUUGACGCGACAUUUGAGACUACACAAGGUCGAGGCGAUCAGACCGUUCGUUUGCGACGUGUGUGAUUCAAGAUUUAAAGUCGAGGAGCGUUUACAGAGACAUUUGGUGACACAUGCAAAAUCCUUCAAAUGUGAUUAUUGUACCAAGCGAUUUAGCACUACAAUGGCGUUGAAAAAAUUUCUCUAUUCCAGACACGAGCGCUCUCACACUAAGGAAAAACCUGAGAAAUGUCCCAAGUGCGAUUCAACCUUUGGCGACAAUAUUACCCUACAGCGUCAUAUUGUUCGAGACCACUCAUCAGCAUCCGUACCGCAUAUUUGUCACAUUUGUGGAAAAGGGUUUUACCUUCCCAACGACCUCAAGAUGCACCUUGCCCGGCACGAUGGCAAGCUACGAGUCAAAUGCGACACGUGUGGGGAAAGUUUCGGAGAGCAGAGUACCCUACAGUCCCAUCGCAUUAAGGUUCACGGGGAUGACCCACUUGUUUGUGAUGAAUGUGGUGGAACAUUUACCUCACGUCCUGGAUUACAGCUCCAUAAGAAGAUUCACAAGGGAGACAAAAAACAUCGAUGCAACAUUUGUGACGCCACUUUUAUCCGCAAACAAGAACUUGACACUCACAUGCGAUCUCACACCGGAGAGCGACCCUUUGUUUGCCCCCACUGCGAAAAAGCCUUCAAGACUAGAAGGAAUUUGAGCACCCACGUGAAGGGUAUUCACACUCCGGGCUACGUCGCCCCAACCCCCCACAAAUGUUUCCACUGCAAUAAAGGGUUUCAGACUCCUUUCUUUCUCAGAUGUCACAUUCGCCAAGCACACACGGGAGAGCGGCCCUUCCCUUGUGACCAGUGCGAGAAACGGUUCGCCAUCAAGUCAGCGCUAAAUCUGCAUUUAAAGGGAGCCCAUGGCGUCCUUUUGGAGGCUAAAGUUAGACUGGCAAGAUCAAAAAAAGAUGCGUUUCCGGAAGAAGAUGAUGCUUGAAUUGUAGGUAAUAAGUAUUAUUGUUAACACUUCUUAUUAGAGGAUUGAUAACAUUUAUUUAGCAUGUUAACGUGAGUUGAAAGUUACAGUUGUAAGUAUACCAGCCAACGCUUUAAAGUAUUUAUGGAAAAAUUAGUACUUGAUAAGGCUGAGAAUAAAUACGAAAUAUUUUUGUUAACCUUUGGAAAA